AUGGGAAGCAGCCUGGACUUCGCUGCGGACCUCCCAUCCUACGAGAGGAAGAAGGACACGCGCUACAUCCGCAAAUCAGCUAGGUCUGUCCAGGAAUUGCAUCCAGGCCAUACCUACAACCCGCUUCUCGGGUGGAAGAUGCCGUCCGAGGGCAACGAUCACAUUUUCCGCCAGUUGUUGUUGCUUGACGAGAUGCCCUGGAUUCGGGAUAAUGACGUUGCAGGUGAUGCUAUGAUUCCUUUCGCGGGCUUUGUGCGUCUUGCAGUGGAGGCUUUCAAAGCUACAACGCGUGCAAAAUCGGAGGUCUCGAGCGUAUUGGUGCGAGAGCUCCACGUCAAGCGAAGUCUCAUUGUCUUGACUUGGACCGAGUCCGGCAGCUGGUCUCUCCAUGCCCAUGGCCGCAUCGAAGCUGGUACUGUGGGCUUCGCCGACAUGGCUAGCCCGGCGAGAAUGGCGGCCGAGGACAUAUUGUCCAUGGCCGAACCCAGCGCAGAAAAUGCCGAAAUCGAGUAUCAGAUGCUCCAGGAAUCAGGCAUUUAUUUCGGGCCCGCGUUCAGAAACAUGACCGCCAUAUGGUCAGCACCCGGCGUCGCGGUCCACGAAACAGUGCCUCCAUCAAUUGACCACGUUUCAUUCCAAGGAUCACCGGCCGCCGUCGACGUGGUGACUCUGGAUAGCGUGUUGCACUCCGCCCGAAGUGCUACCGUUGGAGAUGAGCACCUGAGUGGCGCUCCGCCGGUCUAUGUACCGGUGUACAGCUCUCGAUGUCAGAUCUCCACGACUUCGGCAACCGCUUACCAGAAAUUCACCACUGUAGUACACCGGCUGGAUCUGGAGAACAAGUCUGGUCGUGCACGCGUCCAUUUUGUCAUCUUCGCAGGCAUGGGGUCGGGUCGAGUGCCGUACGUCGAACUCGACAUGACCUUGCAACGUAUUACGCAACGCGACGAGGGGUUCCACGAAAGCUUAGUGCCGCAUUUUGGGUUUCUCGACGGCAACAAGCAGGCCAAACUGCUGGGGGACGACGACUUGGAUCCUGCGCAACAGCUCCUAACGCGCAAGCUGUCGGCUGUCAGUCGUUAUUUCCUGGCGCAGGCGCUGAAGAUGACGGCGAAUGACGGUCAGUGGACUAUGCCCUCUCAUUAUGAGAAAUUCUUGCGCUGGGCCGAGGUAGUUGUGGCGCAGGUUAAUGAUCUUGAGAUCACACCGCAGCUGAUUGAUGAGGUCUCCAAAAGCGGCGCUACUGGCAAGCUUCUCUGUGCCAUGGGCCAACGUAUCCUCGAGUUCCUGCGCGGGGAGGUGCAGCAUAGGAGUAGCAAGGUAUUGUCCAGUUAUGUUGCCGGUUUAGGUGAACUAAAUCCAAAGAUGAGGAUCUUGGAAGUCGGAGCAGGCACCGGGGCUGCGACCCUACCGAUACUGGAGGCAUUGUCAGGAGGUUGGGGCAACAAGAACGAGGAUAGCGCCCCGAUCUUUGACCGCUUCGUCUUUACAGACAUCUCGUCGGGGUUCUUCAAGAAUGCGCGGCACAAACUGACUCGGUGGCCGCAGCUUGUAUAUCAGAAACUUGGCAUCACUCGCAGUCAAGCGGAACAAGGUAUCGAAGUCGACUCCUACGACCUAGUCAUUGCCGUGAAUGUUCUUCACGCGACCCCGGACAUCACGACGACCAUUCAGAAUGUUCGCUCUUUACUCAAGCCUGGGACAGGGAAUCUGGGUAGAGUGGAGCAUGCGGAUAACUACGAUCCUGCUGUGCUGCCCUUCGCCCUGCUACCGGGCUGGUGGUUGGCGUCCGAUGAAUACCGGGCAUCGGCGAGCGAACCGUUGAUGCCUCAGGACUGCUGGCACCGACUGCUUACCUCCACAGGAUUCUCCGGAGUUGAAGGUGGUAUUGAUUGUGGUGGUGGUGGCACCUUCUGGACUUCACGGGUUGAUGAGGACGCCGACGACGACGACAAUUUUACGUUGACCAGCAGCCAAUCAAGAUCGCUCGAUCCGGUUACAAUCUGCGGUCCUCUGGCGACGCAUCGAGAUGAAAGGCUGGCUAAAGUGGUGGCCCAGGGCGUGGGACAGGUUCUGCAAGUUCCUACACCACGUAUCCAGUCCCUUAAGGAGCUGCAUGAUGCGGGAAAUAGCUCCUACGUCCUCCUGGAUAGCGCCAAGAGCAGUUUUCUUGCUACACUAGCAACUGAAGACGAGUUCAGUCAAUUAAAGAGAGUUUUGCUCAAGUCCAAGGGCGUGCUAUGGGUCUCACCAGAAAGUGAUAACCCAGAAUACGCUCGCAUCAAAGGUAUUCUUCGCACCCUUCGCCUGGAAGACACGUCAAAGAAAUUCAUCCAAGUUGACGAUGUUCCUCUUGAUACUGCACCCGGGGUGUCGGCCGUUGCGCAGCUCACCCUCAGCCUUGUUCAAGAUAGGGCGCCCACUGCGUUCCGCGAACAAGAGUUUGUAUGGCGGAAUGGCAUGCUUCAUGUGCCCCGUCUUCGCCGGCUCCAAAAAACAACCGAAACGUUUGCCCUUGAAGCCGGGGUCCCCAUUUGUAAGGAGCAAGAUAUAUGGGACAGCCAUGGCCCCGAGGAAGCUCUCCGCCUGUCCAUCCAAACCCUUCGCAAUCUCGAUUCAAUUCAUUUCGAACGUCACAGGCUCGUGGAUGCUGUCGGGAUCAACUUCAGAGACAUUCUCAGUUCCCUUGGCACAAUUCCAUGGAGUCCGCCUGGGUGCGAAGGGGCUGGAACCGUAGAGCAGGUUGGUCCGAAGGUUUCGCACGUGCAGGGGGGAUUCUCGACGUAUGUUCGAAUUUCCGGUCUUUUUGCGCGCAGAGUGCCAGACAGCAUCUCUACUGCGGACGCGGCUAGCUUACCGACUGCGUACUCGACUGCCCUCGUCUGCCUGGACAAUGUUGCUCAGCUCCAACGAGGCGAGAGCGUGUUGAUCCAUGCCGGUUCCGGUGCUGUUGGCCAAGCAUGCAUCAACGUGGCUCAGAGCCGGGAGGUGAUUGUGUUUGUAACGGCUGGAUCUGUGGAGAAGCGAGCCUUUCUGCACAAGACGUUCGCGAUUCCCAAGAGCCGCAUCUACAACAGCCGUACACCCGAGCUCCGUCAGUGCCUUCUGAACGAGACGGACGGAAAGGGCGUGGAUGGCGUGGUCAACCGUCUUAGCGGUGAACUGCUUCAAGAAACCUGGUCCUUGGUCGCCGACCAUCUGAGCAUGCGGCACUUCCUCCGCAACAAACCGGCAGUCCUGCAAGAAUGCUUGGUGCAGAUCGUGGAUAUGCUGGAGAACAAGGUACAGUCCGGAUUCCGCAAACUCCAAAGUGGCAACAACAUCGGUAAGAUCGUUGCUAUCCUGGGACCGAACGAGAGACCCCGGGAGCAGCUGCUGCAGGCCAACGCAACAUAUCUGAUCACGGGUGGCACCGGUGGCAUUGGACGAGUCCUUGUGCCGAUGCUGCUCGAGAAUGGAGCGGCCAAUGUCAUCCUACUUGGUCGAUCUGGCGAAUCCAAUCCCGACGUAAGCAACCUCAUCCAACAGUACAACAGACCGCGAAACGGCAUUCACGUUCGCGCGAUUGCAUGCGAUGUCGCGUCGCGCGCAAGCCUCUACACCGCGCUCCACGCAAUCCAGGACUUGCCCCCAGUUCGGGGGGUGAUUCAUUGCGCACGCUACUUGCGCGAUUCGAUGUUCAUGAAUGCAACCUUUGACGAUUGGCGGAAGACCAACGCACCGAAAAUCGACGCCGCGUGGCAUAUCCACGAGCUGCUUCCUGCCCUGGACUUUUUCGUCGCCCUCGCUUCGGCAAUCGGCGUCGUGGGCAAUAUCGGCCAGAGCCUUUACGCUGGGACUUCAACCUUCCUCGACGCGUUCGCGCAGUAUCGCGCCCGGCACCAGUCAUACAGUGUUUCCAUCAAUCUACCUGUGAUCGAUGAUGUCGGCUUUGUGACCCAACGGGAAGGCCUACGCGACAGGCUCCUGAGGCAAAACGUUGGUAUCAAGUUGUCGACUCCGCAGGUCCUGGCUGUCGUUAAAGGAGCCAUCAUCGGUGCCGCGUCGGGGCUGAACAAGGACAGUAGGGCUAUUGUGUACGUGCGGGAAGGUUCCGAAGAAUCCCAGGGGUGGGAAGACAGGUCGCACUAUUUUACUGCAGCCCGACGCAAGAACGCAACCAAAUUCACCGACCCUACCGGACAGGGGGGCGGCAGUAUCCUUGGCGGACAAGAAAAUGCCCUCGAGACCUUGUGCUGCAAAGUCUCCUCAAUAACGAUGAUUGAUCGUGAGGAUGUGACCCUCCGCUGUAAGCUGGCGGAGUACGGGCUGGAUUCAUUGGUGGCAGUGGAACUGAGACAUUGGGUCAGAAGAGAGUUCGGGGUCGACUUAGCACUGACCUAUAUCGUGGGCGCGGAGAACUUGCAGGCCUUAGCAGACCGAAUCCUGUCAUCGUUGGGCAUAGUGACAAGUACCUAA